GUCGGCCGCCGCCCCCGCCAUGGCGCGCAACUUGGAGCUGCUCUUCGACUCGCUGGGACACUUCGGCAGAUACCAGGCAUGGGUUUAUUUGGCAGCUGCAUUUCAGGCUAUCUCUUGUGGCAUCCACUACUUAUCUUCUGUCUUCUUGGCUGUUACACCAAAAUUUGUAUGUGGUGUCCUUGGAAAUGUGAGCAAUGUUCUGAUUUACAAUUCAUCUGUUUCAAGAAUGGAGGAUGCCUGGACACUGUGGACAUCAACACAAAGUUAUAUGUUGGUCCUCCUGGAAAAUGGAGAAGUUUGGGAACUUAAUCAGUGCAGCAGGUCCAGACGAGACGAUGCAUUGGAUUUCACUUACAAAUACAGUGGCAAUAGUACUGAUUUUGCAUGUACUGAUGGAUUCAUCUAUGACCGGACCAAAUGGCAGAGCACCAUUGUCACGGAGUGGGAUUUAGUCUGUCAGCGGGAAUGGCUUGCAAAACUAACCCAGCCGACGUUCAUGCUGGGAGUCCUUUUUGGAGCUGUGAUUUUUGGAGACAUUGCUGACAGAAUGGGGAGACGACAUGUAAUGUGGUUUACAAGCACUGGACAGUUUUUAUUUGGUGUUGCAGUGGCAUUCACAUUUGACUACUAUAGUUUUGUGAUUGUCCGUUUCCUCCUUGCAAUGGUCUCAAGCGGUUAUCUAGUUGUAGUUUUUGUUUAUGUGACUGAAUAUGUUGGCAUAAAGUAUCGCACAUGGGCAUCCAUGCAUAUCCAUGCAUUUUUUGCUGUGGGGAUUAUGGUUGUGGCCCUGGUAGGCUAUUUGGCCAAGACCUGGUGGACCUACCAGAUAUGCCUCUCCUUAACAACUCUUCCCUUUAUCUUGUGCUGCUGGAUGCUCCCAGAGACGCCCUUCUGGCUGCUCACGGAAGGAAGAUACGAAGAAGCCCAAAAAGUAAUUAAUGUAAUGGCAAGGUGGAGUAAAGUAAGCACUCCUUGUAAAAUUUCUGAACUGUGUUCACUCCAAGGCGACCUAGUCAAUAGCGCAACGGGUGAUAAUGGCCAUUCUCCCGUGAAGAAGCACAACAUCUUAGAUCUGUUCUGUAACUGGCACAUUGCAAGAAGGACCAUUACAGUUUGGCUGGUUUGGUUCACAGGGAGUUUAGGAUAUUAUGUAUUCUCCCUCAGUUCCGUGAACCUUGGAGGCAAUGAAUAUUUAAAUCUUUUUCUCAUAGGUGCUGUGGAAAUUCCUGCAUAUGUCAUUGCUUGCAUAGGAAUGGACAGAGUGGGAAGAAGAAAUACGUUGAUCCCAUUCCUCAUAUCAAGUGCUGUGAUCUGUGCUCUUUUAAUGUUGAUACCUCAGGAUUCCAGGAUUCUAAAUAUCAUAGCAAAUAUGGUCGGAAAGUUUGCAAUAGGUGUUGCAUUUGGCCUUAUUUACCUGUAUACAGCAGAGCUUUAUCCAACAGUCGUAAGGUCCCUUGCUGUUGGAAGUGGGAGCAUGAUGUGCCGUGUAGGAAGUGUGGUGGCACCUUUCUGUGUCUAUCUGUCAAGUGUUUGGAUUUUUAUGCCACAGAUGAUUGUUGGAAUCAUGGCCUUUCUGAGUGGAUUAUUAACACUGAUGCUGCCAGAAACUCUUGGAAAACCACUGACAAAUACUUGGGCAGAAGCUAUAGAACUGGGUGCCAAAAACAGCAGCACAGAAAAACCUCCUCCAGCCCAGAGUGGUGGAGCAUCAGAGAAGAUUGAGAUGCUGAGCCCGGAGACACGUGGCAUCGAUGAAUAA